GGCAAACGCGUUGCCGUAUGGUUGCUAGUUGCUAGUGAAAAGUGCGCUGUGGCUUCAAUUAGUGUUGUUUUCUGUUGUUUAAACUAAUUGAAAUGCAUAAAGUAAAGUAUUAAACAUAAAGUAUGCAGCUUCGGUGAGCGAUUCAAAUAAUAAACUGUUAAAUUGCAUGUCUUCCUUUGCUGUUGGCGAAAAGUGCGUCUUUCGCUCCAAUAUGGACUCUGACGAUCUAGAUGACACUCAUUUGUGCAUUAAAUGCAAUGCCACCAUAGUGGGACUUGCCAAGUACAUUGAUCACCGCAAAACCAAUUGCCUGGUGGCCACACCGAAAGCCCAGAGACCAGUGACGCCGCCUGCAACAAGAGCAGAGGCUGCCACUCAGGAGGUUUCGCCUACGGCGAUACUCAGCAGCACACAUUUGGAUCACUCUUACGAUGGCUUUCAUUUCGCCGAGCCCGAGGCGCCUAGCAGUUAUCUGAGAAAAACGACAGCCAGUCAUGGUGGAAAGACCUCCAAGUCCUUGACGGAAGCCUACGAUUUGCCCUACGAACUAGGAGCUGAUUUGUUCUUCUCCUCCCUGCAACUGCAGAGUGUUUCAACGGGUGGAAAGACCGUGUCGAGACCCAAAGAGGAGGCCUGGGAUGGGCCAAAUAGAGCAGCAGCCAAAGAGGAAUCCUGGACAGCGGCUAGAGAUCCUGUACUCAAGGCAGUACGAGAUGAGUCUGUCUUUAAGCCACUUAACUUUGUGAACGACUCCCCGGAGCCCAGCGAUGAGGAGGAUGAAGACGAUGACGAUCCGGAUGACUCUUUCGAUGUGGAGGAAGAUGAAGCCGAUGAGGAGUACGAUGUGGUGCAGCACUCGCCACCAGCAGUGCCUGCCACGCAUACGGGUGGCAAGUGGAAGCCCGAGCAUCGUCCGCAGCUGCGUCACGCCCACCUGGAAAGGAUAUCGCCCAGCUGGGAUGAGCCCGUGGAAGAGGUCUACGCGCAUCCUCCUGAAGAGCACACCAAGGGCAAGUGGGUGCCCGGCAGCAAGCAGCUGGAGUACCGCGAGAACAUAGACCUGACGAAGCUGCAGCAGCCGGGCGUAAGCUAUUGGUGCAACAUCUGCUGCAGGCGCUUAAAGAGUCGCUGCAUAUACGAUCGGCAUCUGCGUUCCGGCUACCAUUUAAAGAGAGCGGAGACCGAGUGCCAGCUGGAGCAGGCCACACUCGGCGGAAAGCUUACUCUAAGCAAGGACUUUAGCCUUCCAGAGCGGGAGGAGCAGCCAACGGAGGAGCCUGUGUCCCCCAAAAGGAAACGCCGUGCGCAUCUCCUGCGCUGCGAUCUGUGCCGCCACACGAUGGCCAGGCAUUUGAUCGGCAAGCAUCUGAUUUCUCAUUACCACUACCGACGCCUUCAGCAGCAGACGCCGCUGCGCAGGCAGUCCUUUCUGCAGGACAUACUCGACCACAUGGACAGCAUUGUGCGUCAGGCGCCGUUCCAGUGUCUGCCCUGCAGCUUCUAUGCUAACACGGAGGAGGCGUUCCUGCAGCACUGGCGAUCCGAGGAGCACUUACAGCGGGUGAAGGCGACAGGUGGCAGCUUCUGGUGCAGCUACUGCCAGUUUGAGUGCGACUUUAAUGAUGUGAUGUGGGAGCAUAUGCUACACCCCUGCCACAAGGAUGUGGUGCUGGCACUCAACCGAUCCGUGCCCAUCUGCAUUGCCCAGCGGAGGCGCCUGCAGUGCUCUGCUUGUGGCGAGAGUUUCCUCUACAAUAUGCAGCUGCGUCGCCAUUUUGCAACGAAUCAUGCGGGUGAGACGCCCACCGACACGGCCGCCGAUGACUAUCAGAGUCGCUUUCGGUGUGGCAUAUGCGGAGCACCACAAAUAUCCCGCCUGGCGCUGCAGCGGCAUGAGAAAUACAAGCACAAGCUGGAGCGCUACUACUGUGGGAUUUGCCACUUGGAGUUUGAGACGGCGCUGGAGGCGCGUCGCCAUCGGAGUCUGCUGCAACACAAGCUGCGGUCUACGCCCCAAGACAGGAUUGCCCCACAGUCGGAAAAGGUGUUGGAGCGCAUGCUACGCGAGGUCCUCGAGGAUCGACGACCGAGUCCACCCGCCGAAAAGAAGCGACUUGUCGUGACCAUCAAAAAAUGCGCCAACUGCCAGAAGCUCUUUGACUCCCCUACAGCUCUGGCUCAGCAUCGAGCGCAGGCGCAUCCCACGGAUAAUCAUGCCUGUCUGAGUUGCGGCGAGAAUUUUCAUUCUCCCCAGGCACUGGGCAGGCACAAUCGUAGCUGUCAGCCCACGGCAAGCACAUCCUCCGCUGGCUGUACAGACGCCAGCAAGUCCUGGACCUGCAAUCUGUGUGCUUUCAGCUGCGAAUACGAAUCGGAUCUCCUGUAUCACAGCUUCUUUCACACUCGAACGGGCUUCAUUGGCAGCAACGAGGUGCUGCAGUGUCCGCGCUGCCCGAAACGAUUCAAGAUGUACUCCCUCCGGCCGCAUCUCAGAACUCACACCAACGAGAAGAUCUUCGAGUGUGCCGUGUGCCAGAUGAAGUUUGGCAGGCGACACAAUCUCAAGAAUCACAUUGCCACGAUGCACAGCCAGAAGGUUAUAAAGGAGAAACCCAAACGGACAGUAAAGGCUGUGCCCAAUGAAGAAAAACCCAAAUUUCCAUGUACAAUAUGCGGAAAACUGCUGGCAAAUAGGUAAUGUUCGCUGGUCGUAGCCCAUGAACACAUUUCUCGUUCUCUCUCUUUCUCCUUCCCUAUCCAGAGCAGAGACCGAGAGAGAGAGAGAGAAAGACAAACGUAUUAGCGAGACGGACGAUUAUGGGCCAGAGAGAAAACUGGAGAACUUACGGAAAGCCCGAGUCUGGGAAAUGCAGUUGAGGAAAUAAAAGUUAAUGUUUGGACGAGAAAAUACAACUAAGGGGAAAGCAAAAGCGCUGCGAAAAAGAGAGAUAAUUCUGUUGUUGUUCCAUUAUUGUUGUUGCAUCUAAUUCGCUUUGCUUUUUUUCAGCAUUAUGUUACGUGGGGGUUUCUGCUGCCAUUAUCCUGUGGAUCCUUCGGCAAUAUAAGACGGAGAAGCAGCAGCAAGAACAAGAGCAAUUUACGGCAAACUCCUGCAGGUGAAAUGGUAUCCUUUUGUCAAGUUUGCAAUAUCUUGGAGGAGGAAGCACUUUCUCCUACUCUUUCCUCUAUCUCUUUUUCCCUCCAUGUCAUCCUGUGGUGUCUCUCGUUGUCUCGUCGUUCUAUUCAAAGUCCUUACAAAGUGACAUUUCACAUAUCAACGACGACGAGGAAGACGACGCCCACUUCUCUUACCCUUCGUCCUCGCUCUCGCCUGUGCGAUGGCAUCAUUAGAAAUGCAUGACAAUGUUGUCGUACCUUAAGAACAGCCACGCCCCCUUUAACUUCACGCCCCACCCACCAUCCACUCACCCAACUUACUACCAAUCUGCUGUCUGGGUGGCUGUUGGCCUCGCCGCCGUAACAGGAAUUUAGAUUAAAGAUUGAAACUUUGUUAAUGUCGCGCAUUAUAAAGAAGAAUCUUUUUUUUUCCCUGAAUCCCGAAUGAGGCUAAGAAAAUUAGUUGUGCUUAAGGGUGAACAUAUUUUUUUUCUACACGAAAUAGAUAAGAAAAUGUAACUUACUUUUUGUUUCAGUAGCCCAAUACAAAAUCAAAGAAAUUAUGCUCAAAUAGCCCUAAGAAAGAGAAAAAGAAUAGAGUCAAAUAUCACUAGGCACUAAAAUAUAAAAUAAUUAGCUCUGAGAAAACUGAAAUAAAAUACAUGUGUCAAAAUGAACCAAGGAAUUUGUCCUAAAGCUUGAAAAAAACGAGUAGGUACGUUUGGGAGACGCUUCUUACGCGUCACAUUGUUAUAGAUUUUAGAUUAUAGAUUACAGAUUUGGGAUUUGGGUCUACACAUCCAGGACUACAACAUUAUUUUGGUCUUGUGCGAACUUUCAAAGUCAAAAGUUUCCCAUUUGUUGCACAGAGUUAUAGAACGCAUGGAAAGGUGUUGCCAAGAAGAAUAAUUACAAUGGAAAUCGAAGAGUUAUGUUUAUAUUUUGUGUGUUUUGUAAUCUCAGCAUAAAAACAAGCACAGCCGCUGCAGUUCACUUAAAAUUUCGACAAAGAAAAUUUUCAUAGAAUUUAUAGAAAUCUGUCCUUCAACUAAUUACUUACACAAAAUGCAUUCCAAUUGACUCCAACUUUGAUUCACUUAAAGCGAUUUUAAAACUUAAAGAAAGCAGAAUAGACUUUCCCAUAUCCAAAUUGAUUUUAAAAUCAAAUUUAAGUCAAAGCCCAUCAGCUACAUCACACACAUACGUA